AUGGCUUUCCCUCUUCCACGGGGCGUCACGGCGUCAGAGAUUGCCUUCCUGGCGGAGAUGGAAACAGUGACGAUUGUGCCCCGCCAGCGUCUAGAAGGCCUCGAGCUACUAGGAGGUCCCGUUGAGCCACUCGUUCCUCCCCGACGUGCCUCCCUCCCCCUCUGGCUUGCGCUGCUCCUCAAACGCCAACGUCGUGCCAACAUCAUACCCCCAGCAUGGCUCCACCCAGAGCCAUUGGCCCUCAUCCUCGAAGUCGAGUCCCAGCACCAAGAUUACAAGAAUGCAUUCUCUCCACCUCCUCCCCUACCCGGCCAACCGAGCAUCUUAGACCAAGGCGCCCUCCCAACCGCUCGACCGCAGUAUACCCCCGAUGGCAAUAGAUACUAUGCAGCGCCACCUUUCCUACCCCAAAAUACAGCACAGCCCGUGGCUUCUUCGCGGGAUCCUCCCUCACUGCCCUUUCACUGGGUCGAGGUUGGGAAUUUGCUGCUCGAGGCAGCCAGCGAUGAUCUCAUGGAUCCGGAUCAAAUACGCAGGUUACUUAAAGACCUACGGGAGGUGCGCAUGGCGAAAAUGAGGUCUGGAAUCGAUGUCUUGGAUGCCGCGGCGACGGGUGGUGGUGGCGUCGCUUUGACAGGUGUUGGUUCUAUGGAGUUGGGAGAAGAGCGAGGAUUUGUUACUGGCGUGGUGGAUGGUCUUCGGAGAAUUGGGUCUUCUAAAGAACAGGCCCGACGCGAACAGAUGGCCGAGCAGAGGGCGAAUGGCGGGUACAAUGGCACCCAGGACGACGAUGAGGAAGAAGAUUAUAUGGAGUUCUGA